GAAAAUAAAAAAAAAAAACAUUUUUGCCGAAUUUUAACUGUUUUUUUAGAAGUUAAAAGAAAACUGUGACAAAUUUAUUGUUUUUUUUGUAUAAUGCCGCUGGCUGAGGAGCCUCAGUGUGCAGCAUGCAAGAUAUAUAAGUCUCUGAUGUGGAGGAAAGGCGCGAAUGGGGAAACACUUUGCAAUGGUUGCCAUUUAAAACGGGUCAAUUCUUUCUUACGUUCACAACGGGCAACAACUGCAAAAUUAGAAGGCCGUAAAGCCUCGUUGAAAGGGAAAGCUAGUAAAGGGAAAGGUGGUAAUGGCAGGCAUGGUGAACGAACAGGAAAAAGUACUUCUAGUCGUAGUAGAAGAACAUUAUUUAAAAAAAAGCCUCAAAGGUCGCCAGUUGUUGAAGCCACUGUUGUUGCAUCAGAUAGCUUAUUUUACAAGGGAAUUCUCUACCAAGUUGGCGAUAUAGUAUCAUUACAAGAUAUUGAUGGAACUAUUUAUUUUGCUCAAACACGUGGUUUUCUGGAAGAUCAGUAUGCAAAAAAGAGUACUGUUAUAUCAUGGCUGAUACCAACUGUAGCAAAUCCAGCCAACUUUGAUCCAAUGUAUUUCAUACCAGGUCCUGAUGAAGAUGCACCUCGUUCCAUGGACUGUAUUGAAUUUGUUUGUCGAGCUCCAUCUGAACUGUUCAAAGAAUUUGACUGUCACCCACCGUUUAUCACACCAAAAAAACCAAACCUUGAUGAACUCACUCAAGCUGCUAAUCAGCUUUUACAUUGUGAGUAAUGAAGAGUUUUUAAAACCAUAUACUGUACCUCUUCAU